UCUUUAAAACUGACUUAUCGUACGAUACUUAAAACCCCAAACCUGAUUCAAUGAAUAAUAAUGAAACAGUGUUAAUGAAAACAUUCUAGAUUCUUGGUUGCUACAGAUUUCAAUCCUUAGAUUUGAUUGCAAGGUGUAAAGGUGUGAAGGUAAAAUAUGAAUUUGAGCGGAGUUUGCCUUGGAAUUCUCUUUGGAAUAUUUGGAAUCAGUAUUGAAUUAGUUUCCUCUCAAGGUUGCAUAACGGAAUGUGGCGGAGGUUUGUCUUGUUUGCUCCCGUAUAAUUGCACCCACUUUGAUCAAUGCCAUUCGACUGAUGCUGGAUGCUCGUGUACCCGUCUAAUGUGUUCUUUUGGAACAUUCUUCAGCGCCGCGUCUGGUGUCUGUGAUACAGUAUCCAAAGGGUUGUGUGAUGAAGAUCCUUGCUUACAGAAACAGCGAGAUUACACCUACCCUAGUAACUUCAACUGCAGGAGUUUCUACCAGUGCAACAACAAGGGGCGCUCAGUUCCCAUGUGCUGCCGUGAUUUCUAUAGAUAUGACUAUGAACUUCAAGAGUGUACCCCAGAUGUUAGCUGCAAUAUAUCAUGUAACCAACGAGAAGGCCAGGAGUAUUAUAAUCUCAGUGCAGAUCAACUGAUGGCAACUGAUCCUUAUGAAUGCUUCUUUAGGCCUAUUUCUGGUAAACCUAAUAAGUAUUACAAUGAAGUCGCCAAAAUAGAGCAAGACUGUGCAGACUCCACUUUCUACAAUCCUGAAAAGUGCGGAUGCGACAUGAUAGCCGCCCCUGCCGGAACAUUGAGAGCUCCACGUUGCCGACCUCUUUUGCACGUAGACUUUGCAAACGACACUGUCGUAAACCUUCGGAGGGAUGUCUACAUUAAUGCACAGAACACAGACAUCCAGGCCUCUGGAAUGGAGGGAGUGCAAUAUGGUCUCUUCAACGGUCGCAACUCCUUCAUAGAAAUUCCUUAUCUAAGUGGCAUUGCCCUCGACAAGUUCUUCAUCAGACUCCGAUUCUACAGUGCCGCUGGGGGCGGAGCUGAAGACCAGGUUCUAUUUUCCAACUGCGAGUCAACCAUCUCCAGGACUGCAACUGAUACAUCAGAACUCCCCCAAGUCUACCAAAGACCUUCAAUGGCUGUUAUUCUGAACAAGCCUAGCAGGCUUUUAACGUUCAUCGCUCAAACAGACACUUCACCGAAAACUAUCAUCCGAUUACCGUUUCUGGAUGAAGGUUGGAAUAAUGUUGAAAUGGUAUAUGAUGGCAAAGCUUUAACAGCAAGAAUAAGGUCCGUAUCACCUGAUGGAACUGGCGUGGAAGAAAAGGACACCAAAAUAUUAUCAGGACGUCUGCUUGCAUCCAAAUUUACUCCAAGAAUAGGAGUAUGUAUGACUGAAAGAGAUGCUUUCUUUGGAUAUCUAGACAUGGUGAAAAUGUAUGAUUGCAUACCUGCUGAUCUUCCUAUGAUGUAAAUUAGAAUUCUUAAAAACGAAAGAGGAUUCUCAUAGUCUAUUAUGUUUCUUUCCUAAAAUUUCCAUUAUUUUAUUUACUUUUGAAUACUACAGUACUAGUUUAAUGGGCGUCUAUCUGUAAAGACUCCCUUUUUUUCCUGGAUGUGUUGCAAAAACUGCCUGCACUGUUUACGUGGUCUACUGAAUUGAAUCGAGGUGAAAUCUUGAGAAGGAUGCUAUAAACUUUACCACAUGUACAAUUCGCCAAAGCAACAAUAGAAAAGGUUUGCCUGUCCCAUAAUUUCUCAAAACUGACCGUAUUAAUGGAAAAAUCAACAGGAACUAGGGCACUACUGAAUGAUUUUUAGAGAAACAAACGUUUGGAUUUCAUCUUGAAAGACGUUCUGCUAUGCCUAUUUCAUAUUCACACACUUUUCACUUGUGUUGUUUUUAAUGAUUCACUUCAGCAUUGCACCAAUAUUUUGACCCAAACUAAUGUUUUUGCGUGUAUGUUAAUAUAGUUUGUAAGCAUAAGGAUUCGGAAACAGUUUUGUUUCUAUAAAGUUUGUAAUAUAUUACAAUUAUACGUAAACAGUCUAACUGAGAUCAUUCUUUGUUUUACAAAAUGUUUAAAAGUUAUUCAUUUUAAACUAUCAAAAAUUGUGUAAAUCUAUCGUAUACAUCUAUUCAUGUGUGUUAAGAGUUCCCUUUUGUAAUGUAAUAUUAUAAUUAUUAUUUUUAUUAUGUUAAAAUAAUAAAGGCAAUAUAAUGUAAAAUUUCAGGGUUAUU